AUGCCUCGAGGGCCGAGUGAAGACAAGGCAGGUGCCAUGGAGCCCUCUGCCCAAGGCAAGCAGCCCAAGCUUGGCGUAGUAUCAGGGGUCUAUAUCCCGGUGGUCCUCAACAUUAUCAGCAUCCUCAUGUUCUUGCGUUUCGGCUCUAUACUGGGACGCAUAGGACUACUAGGUAUCCUCGGUCUGCUAGCAAUUGCCUACUUUGUUGACUUGGUGACUACGCUGUCACUAUCGGCUAUUGCAUCCAAUGGCGAGGUCAAGGGAGGCGGUGCCUACUACUUGAUUUCGAGGUCACUUGGUCCGGAAUUCGGCGGUUCGAUUGGAGUGCUGUUCUACCUCUCACAGGUGUUGAACACGGCGUUGAAUGUCGUCGGUCUCAUCGACUGUUUGAAGCUCAAUAUCAAGGUCAUACCGCAUGGCUUUUGGGAGGGCUAUCUCAUGGAGACGUGCGCUCUCAUCUUUUGCACAGCUCUUUGCCUUGCUGGCAGUGGGAUAUUCGCCAAAGCUAGCAAUGGUCUUCUCGUCGUGUUGGUCAUCUCUACACUCAGUAUCCCUCUAUCUGCUGUUGUGAAUCAUCCUUUCAGAGAUCAUAAUAUUGGGGUCGAGUUCACCGGGCUGAGCUCUCGUACACUUCUUUCGAACUUGUACCCACAUAAGGGGCGAGCGUAUUACAAAGGCUCAGAGACAUUCAGGGAGCUGUUUGGUGUCUUAUUCCCAGCUACAUCAGGCAUAUUCGCCGGUGCCUCGAUGUCGGGAGACUUGAGCAAUCCGAGCAAGGCUAUACCAAAGGGAACACUAUGGGCCAUGUUGUCAACGUUAUGUCUUUACCUGCUGGUCAUUCUAUCGAUGGCGUCAAGCAUCACACACGAGUCGUUCCUUAGGCAUACCAACAUCAUCUCGGCCACCAGUCUCUGGUCUCCUCUCAUAUUAGCAGGAGAGUGUGCUACUACAUUCUUCUCUUCACUGAUGGGAAUAAUUGGAUCGGCCAAACUAUUGCAGGCGCUAGCAAGGGAUAAGCUCCUGCCUGGUCUAUCAGUGUUCGGAAAGGGUACAAGGCGCGCAGACGAACCUAUAUACGCCGUUCUGAUUACAUACCUGAUUGCCCAGAUUGCUCUGUUCGCCGACCUGAACCAGAUAGCAACCCUGAUAUCGAUGGGAUACCAGAUGACAUUCUUUGUCAUGAAUCUCGCCUGCUUCCUAUUGAAGAUUGGGUCGGCUCCCAAUUUCAGGCCCGCCUUCAAAUUCUUCAGCUGGCAGAGUGCUGCUGUAGGCAGCAUACUGUCUGCUGCUGCUAUGUUUUUUGUCGACGAAACGUACGCAGCAUCGGCUAUAUGUCUUCUCUUCAUCUUGUUCCUCAUCAUCCAUUACAUGUCACCUCCCAAACCCUGGGGUGAUGUCUCUCAGAAUCUGAUCUACCACCAAGUAAGGAAAUACUUGCUGCGGCUAAAGCCGGAACAUAUCAAGUUCUGGCGGCCACAAAUCAUACUACUCAUUAACGACCCCCGACGCCACACCCGAUUGAUCCAGUUUUGCAACUCAAUGAAGAAGGGCUCGUUAUACAUCUUGGGACACGUCAUCGUCACUGAUGACUUUAACACCGGCAUCCAUGAGGCCAAACUUCAACAAACAGCGUGGACUAGAUAUAUCUCGGAAUUCUCAAGGAUAAAAGCUUUUGUCCAGUUGACCAUGUCGCCUACGAUCGAGUGGGGAGUACGAAACCUGAUUCUUUCAGCUGGGCUUGGUGGAAUGCGACCUAACAUAGCUGUUCUUGGGUUUUACGAUAUGGAUGAGCUGCGAAGGUCUCAGCCUCUGGUUCCAAUCCCCUCCGCCCCAGUGUCUCCAAGCAAACCUUCCUUUGCCCGCAAGUCGGAAGGGAAAGGUGUGAGGCGGCGUCGAGGAGACACAUCGGCUCGUCUUCUGGAAGGUGUCCUUCCGACUGACGCCAUUCGCACAGAAGAAACUCUGUCAGCAAGAAGUUAUCUCACAAUACUGGAGGACUUGGCUCUCCGUCACAGGCUCAAUGUCGCCAUUGCAAAAGGCUUUCAGACGCUGGAAACGCCUCGACAUGACGGGGCGAAUACUAAAAAAUAUAUUGAUCUCUGGCCGAUACAAAUGUCUGCAGAGAUUACUGCCGAAGGAAAGAGUGUUCUGACAACAAACUUCGAUACUUAUACGUUGAUUCUCCAAUUGGGCUAUAUUCUCUUGAGUGUUCCAGCGUGGCAUAAGGCUUUCCAACUGAGGAUAUUGGUCUUUGUUGAAUAUGAAACCGAAGUGAAGGAGGAGCAGGCUAGGCUCAAGGCUCUGCUUGAGAAGCUCCGUAUCGAUGCUGAGGUUCAAGUCUUUUGGCUUGCUUCAGGGGGGUUAAGCACCUACGAGAACAUUGUGAAUGGUAGAACGAACAACACCGAAAAUGACAAUAUCGUCAACGAGCUGCUGAAAGGGGACGAAUGGUGGAAAGAACUUCAACACAUUCGGAGUGAAGCCUCCAAAGCCGCUGUUUCAACGGGGUCUCCUUCCUUAGGAGACAUAUUGGAAGGUGGAAGACGCCGGGGCUCUUUUCCAAAUAUGUCUGACGAAGGCGGUGGCUCUGCAAGACGUCGAAGUUUACAAGAGAUCUUAGGACUCCCAAGGAAGUCUCGAGUCUCGACAAUUACUAAGCUCGGUGCUAAUCUCGGCAUACGAACAAACCAUCUCAACGCUGAUAUGAUUGAUGAUGAAGCAAAUCAGCGCCAGUAUGCCUAUAGUGAUGACGAAGAUACCUAUUCAUCGUCGUCAGACAGCGAUUUCAGCGAUGCUGCUAGCGAAGGCGAUCUGGAUGAUACCAGCAUGGUGCGGCAGCCCCUUCUGUACGCUGGGCGACGGAAGAGCCAUGGGGACCUCCUCCAGCCGCCACCACAACCAUCAAAGAAAAAAGAGCGGCCGCGUUAUCCUCCACGAGCAGCAAGUAGUGGAAGUGCAGUGGGGGACUACGGCACCUUGAGGGCGACAACGUCAAUGCCAGUCGAUAAGGCGCCACAGAUGACACCGGCUGACCCCGUCAGACGAACAGAGACCACACAAGCGUUACUGAGCCCGUUGAUGGAUACUGGGAAAGUCAGUGGCACGGAGUCGCCCUCUGUCUCCAAGCCCCCUGCGCGGCCAACUCUGUCCCGGAAUUCCUCGAUGGGGCGAUUUUCUAGCAGACCGGUACCUGAAACGCGGGUGCAUAGUGAAGAAGGCGGUGGACAACGACUGAUGUUCGCCGAGCCAGACCUAGCGCAAACUCCGUUUGCUCGCUCACGAAGAAAUUCUGCGUCCCAGAAGGACCGACCCUACGAUCUCCAUCUGAAGAUACCCGAGCUUCUGGAAUCUUACCAAUUCAACUCUGACGGGGAUGCGGAGGCGCGAUCCGACUACUCUAUGCAGAGUCUGCCCCUGUCUUUCAACGACUUGCCCAGUCGCGCUCAACAUCUCAUUCUCAACGAGCUCAUGCGCCAGCACAGCAAUGAGACAGCCGUUAUUCUGACGACCUUGCCCAUACCAGAAGAGGGGACUUGCACAAGCCAGGAGGCAAGCCUGAAAUAUCUGUCGGAUAUUGAAGUUCUUUGUCAUGAGCUGCCGCCUGUUUUGCUGGUUCUGAGUAAUAACAUGACGGUCACUGUAAGUCUGUGA